UGAAGAAUACUUAUUAAGGUUUCUUUUGGUUCUUGAGGCAACUUCUUAAACUGUUUUUGUAAAAAGGCUUAGAAUAAAAUUAGGGAGCAUUAGGCAAUAAGCCCUGUUCUCAGCAGAGCUUCAAUUCCUUUUUGGAAAUACUACUUUGUUGAAUUUUUACCUGUAAAGAUGAAUUAUUUAAAAGAGUUUGUGCUCAUUGAGCGUCCAGAUUACAAGCUAAUUGUAAUGUGAGAUGAGCAGGAGUGUUUCAGUAAUGAUCAAAAGAAUUCAAAGCACUCUCUCUCUCUCCUAUCCCUCUCUACCAAAACCUAGGUCACUUCACUGAUUUUGUCUAGGGGGAGGAGGGCUCCUCCCUCCCUCCUCCUCUUCCGAUUCUCUUCUUGCUUAAAUCUACUUGUUUCUCUUUUUCCUUUUGGUCUUUUUUUGGGUUCUCUGCUUUGGGGGUAGUUCUGCGGUGGUUGGGAUUUCGUCUGCUCUCAAGCGUCCCGUCUGAGGCAUCACCGGCUGUUUCUUGUAAGUUCUGUCGUCAGCGUUUUGUGGUUGGCCGCCGCGCCGGUGUGCGUGGCUUUUGCUUCUUGGGGUGUAGAUCUACGGUUUUUGGGCCCUCCUCUCCGUGCACGCGCCUCACCGGUGGGCUCUCCGUCGUCGUCCGGCUCUUCCCCGCCGUCGGGUCUGCCGCGUGUGUCUACCACGCGCCGUCCCGGCGCGCGCGGCCGUGUGAGAUCCGGAAGUUUGGGUGUUAGAUCUACGGCGUUUGGGGACCUUUUCUCCACGCACGCGCCGCUCCGUUGGCUUCACCGGCAAUUUCCGCUUGUCUCUGGCUCGUUCCGCCACGUGCCGGCGCCGAUAGCCGCGCGUAGCCGUCACGCGCCGGCGCCACUGCAGUUUUUUUUUUGGUUUUGUUUUUUGGUUUUUUCUUUGUAACUCGGGUUUUGGGUGUUUCACGUGGGUUUCGGGUUGUUGUGUGGGUUUUGGGGGUUUCCUUGGGCUUAGGGGGUUUUCUUGUAUUAGGGGGGUCUUGGGUUUUACUGUAUUAUGGGGUUCUAUUGUAUCUUGGGGGGUUUUAUUGUAUUAGGGGGUCUUGGGUUUUAUUGAAUUACGGGGGUUCUAUUGUAUCUUGGGUGUUUGUUGGAGAUUUUUAUUGUAUUUUGGGUGUUUGAUGGGGGCUUUUUUUAUAUUUUGGGUCUCUUGUGGGUUUUGGGAGUUGUGGGUUUGUAGUUUUCUGUGGGUUUUCUUGGGUUUUUUUUAUGUGAGCUAGUUGAGUUGUCCAUUUGUAAAUCUCCAUGUGUAUUUAGGGGCGCUUUACGCUUUUUUAAUGAAAUUAUAAAAAAGAAAAAAAAAUGUGAGAUGAGCAGUAAGAUUCAAGAGUAUGUUGUAUUUUAUUGAAGUUUUCAGGACUUCCAAGACUUGGAGAAAACUACAUGGAUGUUGAGAGGCUAUACAGAUGGUCUUUGAAUACCACAAUGAAAUUUGGAGACCGUUAGCUUUUUGCAUGGUGGCAGAACAAAUGCUUUUACAUCUUCAGAGCACACCAACUAUCACUUUGAAGUUAACGCUGAUGGUUUUGAAGAGGCUUUUGACAGAUUUGCUCAGUUCUUUAUUAGACCUUUGAUGUCAGCUGAUGCUACCAUGAGGGAAAUUAAAGCUGUUGAUUCUGAGAAUCAGAAAAACUUGUUGUCUGAUGCUAGGAGAAUGAACCAGCUUCAGAAACAUUUAAGUAAGGAGGGUCAUCCUUUUCAUAAAUUCAGCACAGGGAACUGGGAUACCUUGGAGGUUAGACCAAAAGCAAGAGGAAUUGAUACAAGACACGAGCUUAUCAAAUUCUACGAAGAAAAUUAUUCUGCCAACCUUAUGCAUCUGGUUGUAUAUGCUAAAGAAAAUCUUGAUAAAAUUCAAAACCUGGUGGAGGAAAAGUUCCAGGACAUUCGAAACACUGAUCGAAGUUCUCUCCAUUGUCCUGGUCAGCCUUGUGCAUUGGAACAUUUACAGAUUCUUGUCAGAACUGUCCCUAUAAAAGAAGGUCAUAAAUUGAGAAUUAUAUGGCCAAUAACUCCGGAGAUUCACCAUUACAAGGAAGGGCCAUGCAGGUACCUUGGUCAUCUUAUUAGCCAUGAAGGAGAAGGAUCUUUGUUUUACAUCUUGAAAGCAUUGGGUUGGGCCACGGGAUUAUCUGCAGGUGAAGCAGCUUGUGAUUUGGAGUUUGCAUUUUUCAAAGUAAUAAUUGAUCUUACUGAUGCUGGUCACGAGCACAUGCAAGCUAUUAUUGGAUUGCUAUUCAAAUAUAUUCACCUUGUACAGCAGUCCGGCAUUUGCAAAUGGAUAUUUGAUGAGCUUUCAGCUGUUUGCGAGACAAAGUUCCAUUAUCAAGACAAAAUUUCUCCUCUAGAUUAUGCGGUCAAUGUUGCAUCAAAGAUGCAGAUGUAUCCCCCUAAAGAUUGGCUGGUGGGGUCAUCAUUGCCUUCUAUAUUCGGUCCAGACACUAUUCAGAUGGUACUGAAGGAGCUCUCUAUUGACAAUGUUCGAAUCUUUUGGGAAUCAAAAAACUUUGAAGGUCAUACAGACAAAGUUGAGCCAUGGUAUGGAACUGCAUAUGUCAUUGAGAAAAUUACUGGCUCCAUGAUUCAGGAAUGGAUGCUAUGUGCUCCUAAUGAAAAUUUGCAUUUACCAGCACCCAAUGUGUUCAUUUGCACUGAUCUUUCACUUAAGAGUGCUCAAGAGAAGGUCAAAUUUCCGGUUCUGUUAAGAAGGUCAUCCUAUUCAAGAUUAUGGUACAAGCCUGAUACAAUGUUUUCUACUCCUAAAGCAUAUGUUAAGAUAGAUUUCAAUUGUUCCCAUGCUGGCAACUCUCCUGAAGCAGAAGUUCUGACUCAUAUUUUUACACGGUUGUUAAUGGAUUACUUGAAUGAAUAUGCUUAUUACGCACGGGUUGCUGGUCUAUAUUAUGGCAUAAACCAUGCAGAUUGUGGUUUUCAGGUGACUCUGGUUGGUUACAAUCACAAACUGAGGAUUUUAUUGGAAGCUGUAGUGCAAAAAAUUGCAAGCUUCAAAGUAAAACUUGACAGGUUUUCUGUGAUAAAGGAAAUGGUAAUGAAGAAGUACAAAAAUUUCAAGUUCCAACAACCCUGUCAGCAGGCUAUGUACUAUUGCUCUUUAAUACUGCAAGACCACACAUGGCCUUGGAUGGAAAAACUUGAGGUUCUUCCUCAUCUUGAAGCUGAAGAUCUUGCAAAAUUUGCUCCAGUGAUGCUCUCAAGGGCUUUCCUUGAGUGUUAUAUUGCAGGAAACAUUGAAAACAGUGAAGCAGAAUCGAUGAUCCAUCAUAUUGAAGAUGUUUUAUUUAGUGGUCCAAACCCUGUAUGCCAACCUUUAUUCUCAUCGCAACAUGCGGCAAAUAGAGUUGUUAAACUUGAAAGGGGCAUGAGUUACUUCUACCCUGCGGAAGGGCUUAAUCCUAAUGAUGAGAAUUCUGCCCUUGUUCACUAUAUUCAGGUUCACCGUGAUGAUUUUGUGCUGAAUGUGAAGCUUCAGCUUUUUGCCCUCAUUGCAAAGCAACCAACCUUCCACCAGCUUAGGUCAGUUGAGCAGCUUGGGUAUAUUACUAAGCUCAUGCAGAGGAAUGAUUCUGGUGUCCGUGGAGUGCAGUUUAUCAUCCAAUCCACAGUAAAGGGUCCUGGAGUUAUUGACUCAAGAGUUGAGGCAUUUCUCAAGACAUUUGAGAGUAAACUUUAUGAGAUUACCAAUGAUGAAUUCAAGAGUAAUGUGAAUGCAUUAAUCGACAUGAAGCUUGAGAAGCACAAGAACUUGAGUGAAGAAUCUGGAUUUUUCUGGCAAGAGAUUUAUGGUGGGACCCUCAAGUUUGAUAGGAGAGAAUCUGAGGUUGCAGCAUUAAGGCAGCUGGAAAAACAAGAUUUGGUCGAUUUUUUCAAUGAGCAUAUAAAAGUUGGUGCACCUCAGAGGAGGACUUUAAGUGUAGGAGUGUAUGGAAACCGACACAGUUCGGAGUACACGACAGAUAAAAGUGAACCACAACGCUACUCUAUGAAAAUAGACGAUAUAUUCAGUUUCAGAAGAUCACAGCCUCUUUAUGGUUUAUUCAGAGGAGUCUCUGGUCAUGUGAAAUUGUAGAGAUAGAGUUGAGCUGCACCAAAAUUAGCAAACAAACAGAACUUCUGCCAUCUCAAUGUACCAUAGUAGUGGAAGAAUGUUGAAACAAAUAUUUUGAAAAUUAAUCGCAAAACAUGGACUGUAUAUGCAUGUAAAUAAGUGAUUGCCUAAUAUAUAUGUUUAUACACUCA